AUGCGACGGCGGAAGGGCAACUCACAGAAUGGCGCCGAGCAGGAGGGAAGCAGACCGGCCAUCCAGCACGCCGCAGUGCUUGAGGGCACCUAUCCGUGUUGGCGUCGCCUGGGCUGGUUGGCGCCCAAGUCCCUGGUGGCCUUCCGCCUCAGUUUGGGCCUCGUGGUGGCCAACGACGCCAUGGACAAGGCCACGUUCUACGUGCCCGCCUUCUACGAGAACAAAGGGUCCAGCUAUCCCCGGCUCGCCUUGCUGGAGGACGCAGGCGGCGCAGCGGGGCUCAACCCCUUCGCCUAUUUCUCGGGGGAUCUGUGGCCCACCGCCUUGCUGGCGAUGACGGCCAUCAGCGCCCUCGGCAUGGUCAGGUGGCGGUGGUGUUCCAUCCUCACUUACGUCCUCGUGGCAUGUGCAGUCUUGCGGAAUGUCUACGUGAGCUUCAUCUUCGAUCGGUAUUUGCUGAUCGGCCUGCUCUUCAGCAGCUGCUUGCCCUAUGACGAGCGCUACUGCCUGGCUUCUGUGCUGUUCAGACUACAGCUGGCCUGGAUCUACCUGGACGCGGGCUAUGGGAAAGUGGUAUCUGGUGACUGGUCUUUGAGCGCACGGGUCCCGGCCCUGGCAGUCUACCUCCAGGGAGCCUCCUGGGCUCUUCCGCUGCUCGCCUGGGACCGCAGCCAUGCGGCUGGCUGUUUGGUGCGGGUGGCGACCUGGGGCACUGCGUGGGCGGAGGUCUUGGUAGCUCCAAUCCUGCUGGCCGCUGCAGUCUUUGGUGCUUCAGCCCAGCUACUGCCCAUGGCGCUGGUUCUGCUAUUGCACGUUGGCAUCGGCUGUUGCAUGGAGGGGGGCUUCUCUAUUGGCCUGGCAGCGGGCAGCGUGUGGCUGGCGCUUCUGCCGACGGAGGCCCCGAAGGCCGACCGUGGACUCCGCUGCCGAGCCUUGGGGAAAGGGGACUUUGGGGCGCUGGCCUGGGUCUGCUGCUCGGCCAUCUUCGCGCUGAGUGGCCGAGAGACACAGCCAGGCCCUGUGCCGACAGUGUUGCUGCUGAAUCGCUGGCAAGUGUUCACUGGGGCUGAGACCAACGUCAACUGGGAGGUGGCGCCGGCUCGUUUGGCCGACGGUAGCGUGGUGGACCUUUGGAGCUGGCAAAACGUGAGCUUCGCCAAGCCUCAGACCUACGGACGGCGGGGGAGGUGGCUGAGCUUCCCCAGCGACCGGCCAGGGUCGGCGGCGGCGCUGGACGCGCGCUUCCAGUUCCUUUGUGGCUCGAGCACAAAUAUGGAGACGCACCGCAAGCACGCCAGUCACAGCCAGAGAGACAGAGACAGCCGCAACCCCGUGCCCGCUUUUGGGCCUGUGAAGCACGCCAUGCGGCCGGCCAUGUCUCAGCUGGUUCUGGUCUUGGUGGCGUUUUCCGCCGGGAUUUCGCUGAGCAGAGUGGGGCUCAGCCUAGGUGGCACUGAGGCGGACUUGCUGAGGUUCAAGCUCGCUGCCGCCUGGGGCGCAGGGCCCUUCCCCUGGACGGUCGAGCCGCCUUCGCUUCUAAUGGACCUCUCGCAAUUCACGCACCGCACCCAGUACCUCAGAAGCGGCCUGCCGGAGCUGCUGGCCAAGGGCCUGUGCUUAGACAUCGGGCCCAAGCAUCGGCCCAUUUUGGACCCGAAGCACCCAAAUUCGCGGUUCCUGGACCACGCUACCAGGGAGGAGAUUCAGAAGAAGUACGAGGAUUUUGGGAGCAUGGAUCAAGUGCCCUUCAUCCACUACGUUUGGGACCCCAGCAAGACGUACCGGGACCUGGUGGGCGACAGCCGGUUUCAGGUGGUGUAUGCCUCACAUGUCGUGGAGCACGUGCCAGACCUGGUGAACUUUCUGAACGAUGUCGCCUCUAUUCUGGUGGAUGGCGGCGAGUUCAGGCUAGCCGUGCCAGACAAGCGGUAUUGCUUCGACUUUCGCCGCAGGAUGACCACGUUUGCCGACAUCAUGGGGGCUCAUUAUGACAAGUGCGCAGCGAAUCCGGUGUCAGGUGCCUAUGACGAGCUCACUUUGGUCCCCCCAAAGCACAAUGACGCGCCGAUUUUGUGGGCUAGCUAUCCGCAGGACGGUGACCCUGUGCAGUACCAUGAUGAUGCCAUGCGGGACAUUCAGGACAGCCUCCACCAGACUGGGGGGAAGUCUGCGAUGAACCCAGGGAUGCACCGCUGGCAGUUUAUCCCUGGCUCAUUCGUGGACAUCAUCGCAAGGCUGCACAAGGCGAAGCUCACGUCCCUCUUUGUUCGGCCGGGCAGCGUGGUUGAGACGCGACGAGUGGGAUCAGACUCACGAGGUGCCGGUGCUGAAGUUUCAGCUCUUUGAGCUUUGGGCGCAACUGGGCCCCGACUUGCAGCUGCAGCCACCAAAGAAAACGCUGGUGCGGGUCCACGAUUGCGUGAAAAGCGAAGAAGGAGCC